AUGCGCUCGGUCAUCGUAGCCCUCGCGCUCUCUCCGGCCGCGACGGCGCUGAGGCCAAGCCCGGCGCUCCGCCACAGCCGUCGCGUGCCGCCGCUGCAAAACUACGCCGCGGCGAAAGCGGCGGCCGCAGCAGCCAAGGGCGGCGCGCCGCCGCCGCCCCCUCCGCCGGCCGCCGGCGUCCCGCCGCCCCCACCACCUGCGGCCGCCGGAGUGCCGCCCCCACCCCCGGCAGCUGCGGCCGUGCCCCCGCCGCCGCCGCCGGCCGCCGCCGGCGUGCCACCACCACCGCCGCCGCCCGAGGAGGAUGACGACCACGACUCGCGCAUCUUCGAGGCGCCGCGGGCCCAGAACUCGAAGCCUUUUGGAGCUGCCGCGCCGCCCUCAUCAAAAAGAGGCAAGAUCACGUCGACCGCGCCGGCCAAGGCCGUGAAGAACUUGCUGGGGGCCUUCGGCGAGCGCGUCGGCCCGACGGGCCGGCCGCUGCGCAAGGGCCGCCAGCUCGACGCCUUCGUGGCCGACGCGAACGCGAUCAUCGAGGCGCUGGGAGGCGACAUCUCGGGCUCCGUCGCGGCGCCGCCGUCGCCACCCGCGGCGCCGGCGCCGGCCCCGGCGCCGCCCGCGCCCGCGGCGCCGCCCGCGCCCGCGGCGCCGCCCGCGCCCGCGGCGCCGCCCGCGCCCCCGGCGCCCCCUGCGGCCGCCGCGCCGCCGCCGCCCGCGCCCGCGGCCGCCGCGCCGCCGGCGCCCCCGGCGGCUCCCCCGGCCGGCGCGCCGGCCGACCGCGCUGCGGCGCUCAAGCUCGCGGCCGAGCGCGCGGCGGCGAAGAAGGCCGCCGCCGCCGAGGCCGCGCCGCCGCCGCCGCCGCCCGCCCCCAAGGCUGCCGCACCACCGCCGCCGCCCCCGCCAAAAGCAGCAGCACCGCCGCCCCCUCCACCAAAAGCGGCGGCCCCGCCGCCGCCGCCCGCGCCCAAGGCGCCGCCCGCGCCGCCCGCCCCCACAAUGGGCGGCGCGCCGCCGCCGCCGCCGCCGCCGCGGCCCGAACUCGACGAGCACAUGACGGAGGACGCCGACGAGGAGGCCCUCAAGGGCGUCGAGGCCUUCGAGCAGGCCGGGCUCUCGGCCGACGAGCACCGCAAGGCCCAGUUCGGGAUGCCGGUCGGCACGACGAACACCUACGCUUUGGAAGGUAUGGAGGACAUGUCCCCCGACGAGUACAUGCAGGCCAUGCUCGACAAGCAGAUGGAGGAGCGGCGGCAGCGCCGCGAGAGCGCCGGGGGCGAGGUCCGCGCGCCGCUGGACUCGUACUUCGCGCAGUUCAACAAGUGA